GCGCUGAGACUGACUGCCUUGCCAUCGCUCAUCCGUUCGAGCCAUGCUUACCACCUCCGUAGUGGCUUGCGAUGUGGUCACUUCUGUUCGAGGAGAGCCCCUUUAAGAGUUUCUGCAGGAAAAAUGGCCGCAAGUGAAUCAGAAAGCAAAACCCCCUCAUGCUUCAAGAUUAUAGACUCCCAUCUCCAUGUUUGGGCGUCUCCGCAAGAGGCUGCGAGUAAAUUCCCUUACUUUCCUGGUCAAGAACCCACUUUACCCGGACAUGUCGAUUUUUUGCUACAGUGCAUGGAGGAAGCAGGGGUAGAUGGUGCACUCAUCGUGCAGCCAAUCAAUCACAAGUUUGAUCAUAGUUUAGUUACAAGUGUACUGAAGAAAUACCCAACCAAAUUCGUUGGUUGUUGCCUUGCGAAUCCAGCUGGCGAUGGUAGUGGCAUUAAGCAGUUUGAACACCUUGUUUUGCAGGAUGGCUAUCGUGCUGUACGAUUUAACCCUUACCUGUGGCCAUCUGGAGAAAAGAUGACCAAUGAAAUUGGAAAAGCUAUGUUUUCAAAAGCCGGAGAACUCAAAGUGCCGGUGGGAUUCAUGUGCAUGAAGGGGCUUGAUCAGCAUAUUUCAGAAAUUGAGCAACUAUGUGCAGAUUUUCCAUCAACAGUUGUACUGCUCGAUCACUUGGCCUUCUGCAAACCUCCAACAAACGAUGAAGAAGGUCUUGUCUUCUCUAGGCUUCUGAAUCUAUCAAGAUUCCCACAAGUACACGUAAAAUUUAGUGCACUUUUUAGAGUGUCAAGAUCGCAGUUCCCAUAUUUGGAUCUGUGUCCUGUGUUAUCCCAAGUUGUGUCCAGCUUUGGCGCCAACCGUGUGAUGUGGGGCAGUGAUUUUCCCUUUGUUGUUGCUGAAUGUGGGUACAAGGGAGCCAAAGAAGCCGUGCAACUUAUUGCCAAAGAAAUUUCUUUAUCUUCAUCUGAUUUGGGGUGGAUCAUGGGGGGCACAUCCUUACAACUCUUCCAUACCCACUUGACGUAUUAAGCAGUCCUGUAACUCCGCUUUAUGCAAAUGCUCCGUUGACAAGUUUUUUAUGAAUGGAAUGCUAUUGUUAUGUUCUGGACCAUUAAAUGUUGAAUAUCAUUGAACAUUUGUUUCUUUUCGUC